AUGAUCCUCGCCGUGCUCGUCGCGCUCAUUCCUUCGUUGGACGCGACGACGCACCACGAGAUAGUGUCGGACGUGCGCUGGAAUGACACGGACGGCAACUCAGUCGAGGCGCAUGGUGGGUGCGUGCUCCGAUCGCCGCUCGACGGAAUCUGGUACUUGUAUGGCGAGACUCGAAAAGGCGUCUCGAACCGCAAGACGCCUCCCACCGUGGACUAUCUGACGCAGGGCAUCAAUUGCUACUCGUCCGCCUCGCUGGCUGGUCCGUGGCGGUUUGAGGGCACAAUCUUGCGCCAGCAGCAUGUAGUGGUGCCCGGUCUCCGGGGCCCUUGGAUCAUGCAGAGACCCAAGGUGCUGUUCAAUCCGCGCACGAGGCAGUUUGUGCUGUGGUUCCACCUCGAUCAGCCCAAGCAGCACUACCAGAGCCACAGAUCCUCCGCCGUGAGGAGCGCCUACCCGAUGAAGAGCGUCGGCAGGGCAACCGCAGACCGGGCGGCUGGACCGUUCACCUUCGCGGGCAGUCUGCUCCCCGACAACCACAGCUCGCUCGACAUGUCGCUGUUCGCCGACCCGGACGAGCCGGCAAGGGCGUACUUGUUGCGCGACGUCGACCACAAAUUCAUCGCAAUCUCACGCCUGAGCGACGACUUUCUGCACACGACGGGGGUCAUCUCGAAGCUCUGCGAGCCAAACCCGAGGCGUGCGGGCAGACGGCGCAACCGCGACAAGUGCGAAGCCCCGGCCAUGUUCAAGCUACACGGCCUGCACUACGUCAUCACCUCUGGGCAAAGCGGCUGGGCUUCGAACCCUCUGACGCUAUGGCGCAGCAGCGGCGCGGCGCUGGAGGGGGCGCGCUGGACGCGACUGGGCAAUCCGGCGCCGACGCUCAGCUACACUCAGCCCGCGUACGUGGUGCAGCACGCUUCACCGCACGGUCCGCAUGCGGCGCCGCACCUCAUGUACAUGGGCGACAACUGGGUCCACUGCCAGCCGCCCGGCGACGCGUCGCUCAACGCAAUCACGCACGCGUGCUACCAGUGGCUGCCAAUCACUCUAGAGCGCGGGCCGCAGGCCGGCGCGAUGCCCGUCCGCAUCGACGCGCGGCGCAGCUGGGAC